AUGUCACUCCGCUCCGCUGUCUACAUCGCACCUCCGAUCCCCUUCCAGAACCCAGGGAAGACAGGCCGCCAGGGCCUGUGGUCACCUAUCUCAUGUACGCUGAUCUACUCCGCCAAGGAGGCCGUCCUGGUCGACACGCCCAUCACGAUCAAACAAACACGGGAUCUAAUUGCCUGGAUCGAACGAAUCGCACCAGGUCGAAAGCUAUCAUACAUCUACAUCACGCACGGACACGGUGACCAUUUCUUCGGAUUGCCACUUCUGACGCAGAGAUUCCCUGAGACACAACCCGUCGCCACGGAGGCGACAGUACGGCACAUGCGACAGCAGAUCGAGGAGAAGAAUUUCCACGCACAGUGGGGGACAAGGUUCCCGGGUGAAAUCGCGCAGCCAUUUGUACUAGCGCAGCCAUUGCCAUCAAGCAACGAGUUCACACUGCAGGGAAAAUGGACAAUGCGGGCGAUUGAAGUCGGACAUACGGAUACGUAUGGUUCCAGCGUGUUGUGGGUGGAGGAUUUGCGACUGGCAGUGUGCGGCGACGUGGUCUAUGGACAGGUGCAUCAGAUGCUGUUUGAGGCGAAUACGGCAUCAAAGCGCGAAGAGUGGAUCCGCGCCGUGGAGAUAGUCGAGGCGUUGGGCCCGUGCAAUACAAAGGAGUAUAUUCGCGCGUUUGGGGAGGUGCAGGGCAAGGCGAAGUCAGCUCGCGAGAUUGUGAAGGCUAUGACUGAGCUGUAUCCGGAUCGGUAUAAUACGGGGGCGUUAAUCAUGGGUGCGAUGGGUGCGAUGCAAGUGAAGGAGUCGAGAAUAUAA